GGAGCUUACGAGCGAGAGCCGUUCUCAAAGGUCUCCUCUCUCCUCCAGCGCGUUUGAAAACAAACCAUUGUCUCAGCUCUCAACAGCCUGUUCGAACUUUUUGUUCUGAAUUUACAUUUACACCCCUAAACCACUUUCUCUCUUUCCAUUACUAAAUUCUCUUCGCAAAAUAACCAUUUGACCAAGGGUACUACCGUAAUUUCACCCCACACGUCAAAACAAACCCACCUCACCGGAAAAAAGCCUUUGUCCAAAGCUUCAAUUUCUCUCUUUUCCUCUUCUUCUCCUCAAAUCGAUCUCUCCUCGCCAUUUACAGAUCCGAGAAACCCUAAUUUGAAGUUGGGGGAAGGACGAAGGAGACCCCUAGGAUUGUUGAUCUAGGUUAGGUGUUUUCGAUUCGAGCUGAUUCGAAUCGAGGGGGAGAGAGCUCAGGAUGGGCGAUUUCAAUCUCGCGCUCGUAAUCGUCGCCAUUGUUGUGUGCGUUAUUGUGUUCCUUUUCAAUGUUUACCUUCUUGUUAAUUAUCAGCACCCCGAUGACGCUAACCAGGCGUAUUUUCCCAAAUUCGUCGUCGUUUUGGGGCUCUCCGUUGCCGCCAUUUCUAUACUGAUGUUACCGGCGGACGUGGCGAAUCGGCAGGCUUGUCGUCACGCGAUAUACAAUGGUGCCUGUAAUCUUACCUUGCCGAUGAAAGAUCUGUGGCUUGCUAUUUAUAUCCUCGAUGCGGUUCUUGUGUUCUUCGUGAUUCCCUUUGCAAUGUUCUACUAUGAAGGGGACCAGGACAAGACUGUUGGAAAGAGGAUUAAAAGUGCGUUGAUAUGGGUGGUGACAACCGCCAUUGUUUGUGCUCUCGUGCUGGGAAUUUUAUAUGGGCUUAUUGGAGAGGUGGACUUUACUGUUAGGCACCUUUCUUCCACCACGACUGGCUUUCCUAAUAGUUGGCAAUUCAGUAGUGCUCAACCAUGUAUAGGUUCCACACGCCAGUGUUCUGCCUAUUCUGCUAAUGCUGCAUCAGAGAAGACAUGGACCAUGCGUACAACCUUUCCAGAAUAUGUCGUUGCUCUUGCUACCAUUGUUGGAUCAGUACUUUUCUCUAUAUUUGGUGGGGUUGGUAUUGCAUCUCUACCACUUGGACUUAUUUUCUCCUUCAUUCGGCGUCCAAAGGCUGUUAUUACUCGGUCACAAUAUAUAAAGGAAGCAACUGAGCUAGCUAAGAAAGCAAAAGAAUUGAAGAAAGCAGCUGAUGCCCUUCAUCAAGAAGAAAGAAGUGGAUCUAAGGGUAGAAAAUGGCGUAAAAAUGUGAAGGCUGUAGAGAAGGAAUUACUUCAGUUGGAAGAAGAUGUAAAUCUUCUGGAGGAAAUGUACCCACAAGGAGAGAAGGCUGAGACUUCUUGGGCUCUGACUGUUCUUGGUUACUUGGCAAAACUUGUCUUGGGAAUUUUGGGGUUGAUUGUUUCUAUUGCUUGGAUUGCUCACAUAAUCAUCUAUUUGUUGAUUGACCCUCCACUUUCCGCUUUCCUGAAUGAGGUUUUCAUCAAGCUGGAUGAUGUUUGGGGUCUUUUGGGAACUGCGGCAUUUGCAUUUUUCUGCUUCUAUCUCUUGCUAGCUGUUAUUGCUGGAGCAAUGAUGCUUGGCCUUAGAUUGGUUUUCAUUACAAUUCAUCCCAUGAAGUGGGGAGCUACACUUAUGAACUCAUUUUUAUUUAAUGUGGCACUAAUUCUCCUAUGCUCAAUCAGUGUGAUCCAGUUCUGCUCUACGGCGUUUGCUUACUAUGCUCAAGCAACUGCAGCUCAGGAAAUAUUUGGUCACACUUUGCAAUCUCUUCGUGGAAUUAAAUAUUUGUACAAGUACAAUGUAUUUCAAAUUGCAUUUAUCAUCCUCGCGGGAUUGACCUUUGUGUAUUAUGCUGCCUUCGUAAGUCUUUUAACAUUUUUUUCUUUCAUAUGCAUUCGAUAUGCUUCCCUAGUUUUUAGUUAAUGGCCUCUUGUUACUCUUUGUAUUUAAUUCUCGAUGCAUAUGCAGGGAUGGAGAAGAAGAAAACCUAGUGGCAGGUUCCAACUUUCCUCUUAAGCUAUGUUUUUGGCUAGAAAACCAUGCACCCAUAUGAUGGACCCAUCAGAAUUCUCAGUUUUAACAUAUCUUUUGGAGUGGUUUGCAUUUUCGGAUGGCAUCGUCUAGUUUUGUUCUUUGUUGAGAGAUUUAGCGAAAUGGGCGGAUAUCAUCUGAUUCUGAGUCGGGUUAGUGCAGUGGGAAUGGCAUUUGAUACCACUGUUUUUUCUUCUCCUUUUUUCAUAUGCUUUACUCUUUUUCUUUGUAUCUAUUAUUCCUUUGUUUGAUCUGUGUUUAAAAACUGGCUUUUUGGUCAUGUAAUUUAGAUAUCUCUUCACACAUGCAAAUUGGGUUUUAUUGGAAAUAUCCUUGAUGUAAUAUAACCAUGAAGAACAAAUAGUUGUACUUUGCAUUAGUUUCAUGUAGCUGUAACCAUUAUUUUAUCCAAGUUUAAUUUGUUUGUUCAAA